GACGGUCACACUGCGACAGAGACAGAAAAAAACAAGACAGGCGAGGGAAUGAAAAAUAAAUAUAAAUUAAACGCGGACUACCCAAAAGCAAGGAGGGAUAAAGGAGUCGAGAUCAAUUAAACACCGCCGGACUUCACACGGAGAAAUUUGUCAUAGAAAUUGGUUUUUUUGUAAAUAAAACACGAACUCGCAAAACACACGUUUCUUUCGCCGCACAACGUUGUUACGUUACACAAUUGUGGAUUGUGGUGUCACCUACUCCGCAGCCAGUGCAAAUCACGAUGAGUAUUUGGGGGGUCCGAUGUCUGACGCAGAGGUUCAUCCGGCAGGCGUACAUCCUGGCCAACAGAAGGCUAUUGGGUCCAGUGCCGCAGCGCUCGCCGCCGGCAUACGCUCCUCUUCGGCCAGCCCACAGCAGCCUCUAUCAAAUGGUAAAGAAACGCACCCUUGAGGCGCGCACCAAAUUGCAAGCCAACAAAUAUCCAAAUCAUCAAGUCUGCGUCACCAAGCCCUCGACCACGCCCCCCGUUGAAGAGUACGAGACGGCGGUGGAGGGAGCCGGCGUUCCCGCCUACGCCAAUGCCCAGUUUCAAGCCCAUUCCCAAUCGGAGCCACUCUUUAAAGGCUUUGCUGACGUCAAGUCCGUCUGCAGUGCUAAGGAUGUGUUAAAGUCGGACAGUGCAAAGCUCAGCACCAGCCAACCCGUCCUGGAUUCCUGCAAAGCGACUAGUCCCUGCGAGGAAUUCAAGCGCAAACGAAAGGAGACCACCUGCCAGCCCUGCGACGAGGAUGGUACUGCUCCCGGUGGCGGUGAUGGUGGAGACGAGGAGUGCGAGUGUCGGAUGAAGGACCUACGGCUUAAGUGCCUCUUGGGUGCCCUGGCUGCCUUGUUAGCCGGAGGAUUUCUCGCUUGGUUUAUGACGCGGGAUACGGAUGACAGUGAAGCCAAAAAAGCCGAGGCGGAGGAGGAGGAACGAAAACGUAGAUUAGUUGCUGGACUAGCCACGAGUCCGCCCAGUUCUGAGGACCUUCCCAAGCAUGUGCCGUACCUGAUUAUCGGCGGCGGAACCGCUGCCUUCUCUGCUUUCCGAGCCAUCAAGUCUAACGAUGCAACAGCCAAGGUUUUAAUGAUUAGCAACGAGUUCCGCAAACCCUACAUGCGCCCCCCACUGUCCAAGGAACUGUGGUAUACGCCCAAUCCUAACGAGGAUCCCAUCAAGGACUAUCGAUUCAAACAAUGGACGGGAUCCGAGAGAAGCUUGUUCUUUGAGCCGGAUGAGUUUUUCAUUGACCCCGAGGAUCUGGAUGAUAAUGCAAAUGGAGGGAUUGCCGUCGCUCAAGGUUUCUCUGUGAAGAAGGUGGACGCUCAAAAACGCAUAGUGACGUUGAACGACGGUUACGAGAUAAGCUACGACGAAUGCCUAAUUGCCACCGGCUGUGCCCCCAAGAACCUGCCCAUGCUGCGUGAUGCUCCGCCCAGCGUGCUCGAAAAAGUAAUGGUCUAUCGCACACCCGAUGACUUUGAUCGCCUCCGCAAAUUGGCGGCGGAAAAGCGUUCAAUCACAAUUGUUGGCAAUGGAUUUAUCGGCAGUGAACUGGCCUGCUCCCUGGCACACUAUUCCAGAGAGAACAAUGGCGGUAAAGUGUACCAGGUGUUCCAGGAAAAUGCCAACAUGUCAAAGGUCCUUCCAAACUACUUGAGUCGCUGGACGACGGCAAAGAUGGAAGCCCAGGGUGUCUGCGUCAUCCCCAACGCCAGCAUUCGCUCGGCAGUUCGCGAUGAAACCAAUCUAAAGUUGGAGUUAAACAAUGGAAUGACUUUGAUGUCGGACGUGGUGGUGGUCUGCGUGGGUUGCACGCCAAACACGGAUCUCGCGGGACCCAGCAGGCUAGAGGUGGACAGAAGUCUCGGCGGUUUUGUGGUUAAUGCAGAGCUGGAGGCCAGGCGGAACCUGUACGUGGCCGGUGAUGCUUCCUGCUUCUUCGAUCCUCUGCUGGGCAGGCGACGGGUGGAGCACCAUGAUCACUCGGUGGUCUCUGGUCGGCUGGCCGGCGAGAACAUGACGGGAGCAAAGAAACCUUAUCAACAUCAGAGCAUGUUUUGGUCCGAUCUAGGUCCAGAGAUCGGAUACGAGGGUAUUGGCUUGGUGGAUUCCUCGCUACCCACCGUUGGUGUGUUCGCCCUGCCCUCGGAAUCCGCCACGCGCGUUGACCAACUGUCUGAGUCUAGUGAUUCCGACGUGCCGGAGACCAGUACGAGUUCCAGCCAGUCGUCAAAAUCUGAUGCCGGGGCUAGCCAAGAUGGCGUUACCUGUGAUCCCGAUGAGGCGGGCAACUAUGGCAAGGGUGUAAUAUUCUACUUGAAGAACGACAAGAUCGUCGGCAUCCUGCUGUGGAACCUCUUCAAUCGGAUAGGCUUAGCUAGGACAAUAAUCAAUCAGAAUAAGAAGUACGAUGACCUCAAUGAGGUGGCCAAACUGUUCGAGAUUCACGCGUAGAGAACAGCGAGUCCCGAGGGACCAUGGAGAAGAUCUGGCUACCCUGAUAUGCUUAUCAGCACGCACCGAACAGAACCUAUCCAACCCGAAUGCCUUUAACUGUGUUUACUGUGUACAUUUGCAACUGCAACUAGAUACGAACGGCAAUGACGCAAUGCAACAGAAAUUUUAGUUUUAUUAUUUUUGGAAUAAACCUUAUUUUGUAGUCAACGACAUUGAUUCGGUUAUGUAGCAGCAAAGUGCAUAUCUCCGUGUAAAUAUUGAAAAGUCGUAGACAAGCGGGUCUCUGUUGAAUUGUGUGUAACUUUCGUAAUAAACCAAGCACCAGAAAGUUGUUGACAAAAAAUUCACCGUACCAACUAAACUGUUCAAAUUAUUCAUUUUCGGUGUUGAAAAAUCCGCUUUUUGAUCCUGAGGCACCCGUUAUUUAACUAAUCCUAAGAGAUUUUGCUUUGAUUCUUAUUUAAAUAAAUCGUAGGAACUUUGGAACUU